AGUAAAUAAAGUAAAUAAGUAAAUAAACGGAGCGAAAGCUGUGUAACGUCACGAGAUCAUUUGAAAUCAUGGAUUAUGGGUGUGACGAGGACAGGUGUGAGAUCUGUGCUCGCAGGAUCCAGGUGUGUUGGAGAUCUCAUCAGAACAGGAAAGUGUUUAAGCUGCUCAUGAACACCGUGCGCUCAGCUGAAGAGUGUUUGACCCCUGCAGUCCUUCGACAGCUCAGUCCUCGAGAAGCAAAUCUUCUCAGAGACCCGAGUCUUCAGUGUAAAGUCCGAAUCAGAUUUUCAGGUCCUCAGUUUCCUCCUGUAAUUGUAUUUAAGAUUUUCCACACAGGAAGAGGAGGAAGUUACCUGUCCGGGAAAAAACUCUUCCAGCCGUCCAAUCAGGCCACGGCAGACACCUGUAGGAUGAUGGGAAACAGGAAGUUCAUGGACCUGAUGAUGGAGGACGAGAUGCACUGGCAGGGUCGUACCAUCUCACAUCCUGCAGACGUCACGUGUAUAAGAGACUACAUGCAGUACUCGAGUCACCUGGACGAGUUACCUGCGCAUGUGGGCGGGAGAGAGAACGCGUGGAGGCGUUUAUCUCUGAAGGUGCUGAACCGUGAUGGAGGUACGGGCACCACAGAGGACGGCCUCCUGAGGGAGGAGCUUUCAAGAGCAACGGUGACGAGACGACCUGAUCGACCAAUCAGGUCCCCAGUUGCCCCUCCGUCCUCUGCAGUGUCCACUCCGGGACUCUGGACUCCAAAACGGCGCUUGGCUCGAGCUCGGGCGCUUGCUGACCGCAUGAGACGCGUUUACACACUGCGAGAGGAAGAGAAGGUUAAAGAUGGAGAUCAUGAGGAAAACAGGACUCUCAGGCUGGAUCACAUGACCGACGGUCAGAUGAACAGACCUCACGCAGCUGAUGAGAAGUUCGUGUUUAUUCCUGCUGCGUCCGAAUGUUUGGCCGUAAGCGACGUUUCAGACUGCGAGUGGGAGGAAGAGGCGGAGCUACUCUGCUCCUGGUCCAAUCAGCUCACACUGGACUUGAUUUAAUUCAGCUCAAACUUCAAACCUCACAACAAUUCAGUUUGUUCUGUCUUUCUAACUUAUUAUUUCAAAAUAAAGUCAAGACUGAAGAAUC